CACCUGCUGGGCGACGUCGACUAACUCACAUAGACCAGCUUGCUCGUGAUGUGGGGUUGCGGGUCGAGGACUUAAAGAACGUUUUGAGGGACAGAGCUGUCUGGAAAGAAAGAGUGGACCUGGUCAUUAACUUAGUGACAUGUCAGAAGAAGUUCCCCACCAAUCGGACAAUAACGACAAACAUUUUUAUUCUGUGAUCUAUAAAGGCUGCCUUCAAGGAUCCCCUGGGAUUCCGGGGAGGGAUGGCCUACCGGGCGCAGCCGGUUCACCGGGGCGAGACGGGCAGCCAGGAAGAGAUGGACGCGAUGGGCAACCAGGCCCAGUCUGUCCUGGGAGCCCAGUCUGUCCCAGUGGUUACGUUAAGUUCCAGGACAGGUGCUUCAAAUUCUCCACCGACAAGAAGACCUACGCCGAUGCCAGGUCCGCCUGCCAGGCUGCCGGCGGGCACCUGGCUAUGCCUAAGGACCAGGCAACAAACAACUUCCUGGUCAACCAACUGACCAGGUACCCUAGUGGCUCCAACGUCUAUUUUGGCCUGACGGACCUGGCCCAGGAGGGAACCUUUGUGUGGGAGGACGGGACGCCGCUCACCGGCUGGAAAAACUGGUCACCAGGACAACCUGACGAUUAUAGAUCUGUUGAGGACUGUGCUCAUUGGUGGGGUUCGUAUGGCUACAAGUGGAACGAUCGGUCAUGCUCUGAUAGUGAUUAUUAUGUGUGUGAAGUCAGUGCAGCCGUUCCUUAGCCCCACAAAUGUCAAGUAGAAGUUGGCUGGUCAUGACCUACAGCGAGUACAGAGAUUGAAGUUUGUCAGUUGGAUAUGAUUUAGUUCCAGACUAAAAAGAUGUGACAGUUUUGAAUUUUAUAAAGCUAAUUAGGGAUAUUAAACGAUCUUUAAAUUGGUGUUCAUUUUACCUUUGUAUCAGCGUGUAAAGAGAUUGCAUUUUGUCAGUUUGUAUGACUUAUUCCUAGCUAGACAAAACAAUCUGUCGGUGUUAUAAUGAUAUAAGAACAUUUACAGUGUGUUCAUUCUAUCUUUGUACCAAGCUAUCGUUGUGUAUUUUCAGUUUAGUUAUAUAGUCAAAGAAUAGUCUUCAUAUGUAGGGUCAGAAAGGAAUAUAAACGUGUAGUACAGUAAAGGUUUACUGCUAAUGGCCUACAGCGAGUACAGACGAGAUUGAGGUGUAUGAUUUAGUUCCAGAUUAAACGGAUGUGGCAGUCUUGAAAAGUUAGGGACCCGACUUUCAAACUGUGUCAUUUUACGUUUGUACCAAGCUAUACAAGUAUACUUUCAGAUUAGUCAUAUUGUCAAGUAUAAUCUUAACAUGUGAUAUUUGCACUUUUGAUAGAUAUGUAAAUCGAUCAUGUGACUAGAAAUA